UCAUACUGAAUACAAAAAAUGCAAGAUGCAGGUCCAUAUUCGAAUUGGAAAACCACUUUGAUCGCUAAUUAGAAACAGAUUAAGAACCUCACGUCGGUGAAAAUAUUCCGUAGGGCAGCGCGCUAGGACAGGUCUCAAAUUUUUUGGUUAGCAGUGGGAGCAAGCGCGCAAACCAGCGCCAUGAGAAAGCGAAGCUCACGUUGUAACUCUGACACUUUCAAGGAGGAGCAGAUGGACCACAACGGUGACGACAUCAGCCUGCUGCAGCGGCCGCUGCGCACCGCCCACACGGGAUUCGAGGAGGCCCGUCGGGCCUAUGAGGAUGGCACCAGCGAGGUGCGCCAGCUGCUCAGUCUGGAGUGCAGCCUGAUCUACGAGUGCAAGGUGUGCCGCAACAUGUUUCGCAGCCUGGCCAAUUUCAUCAGCCACAAACGCGUCUUUUGCUGCGUCAGCGCUCGUUCGGCAAAUGGCAGCGGAUACACAGAUCAGAAUUCCACUAUGAUCAUACAAACGGGUGGUGGUCCGUCCCCGCAGGACAUUGAACAUAUGCUACGCAGCAGAAGCACGGGAUGCUCGCCUGUUCCCCGCGACGUGCGUCCCUUACGAGGAGGAGGUGGCGGCGGCAUAAGGGACCUGAGUGGUGUUAUAGAGCGUCUGCGACGGGAAAAGGCUACAUCACAGGCCAAGUGCAGCUCGCCCACUGUUCUGCAGCUGGAGUCUGUGCCCAACUCUAGCCAGGCUGUUUAUCAGACCAUCAAAGUGGACCACGACGACAGCAUAAGGACAGAACUGGACGAGGUGCAUCGCAUGCUUAAUCCAUCUGAAACCAUUGUGGGACCCGACGGCAAGGCCUUGGCAACCGUUAAGCUGGAAAACAAUGCAGGCAGCGACUCCGGCGAGCAGUCCAUCAGCGACGAAACGGAGCCGAGUAUUUUCUGCGAGAUCUGCAAUCUGACGUUUCAGACGCACAAAACGCUUGAGGUGCACAUUCAGAAGCAUCACUCAUCAUCGGCGUUUGUGUUUCAGUGCCCAGCCUGUUCGCUGACCUUUCUGCAGGCCGCUGCUGUUAUUCGUCAUUUGUCGAAGGAUCACAAGAAGCCAACUCGACGUAUUCGAAUGAUGCGGAACACUAUCCUCAAGCGACGCAUUCAGCAAGGAGAUGUGCAGCCGAAGGGCCCCUGCCGGGAGUUGAAGCGCCUACAGCUCUCCGACGACGUGGUGGGCUAUGUCCCUGAGCCACUAGAUGCCAGCGGUGAGCACCGUAAGAUCAUGUCUUUGUGUAUCUAUUGCGAAAAAUCAUUCGAGCGUCGCGCUGCCUUGUCAACACACCUGCUUAAUUGUCGGGCGAAGCAGGAGGCGCUGGCUAAGCCUGCUCCUUCUGUCAAAAAACUGAAGAUGAAGAGCAAUGAUUCCAGUGUGGAUGCAGCUGAUGAGGAUCCAACGACGUCCAUAGACCUGCCGAAAAAAAAACCGAUCAAAACCGAGGAAAUUACUCUGAAUGAGAUGUUUGCCGAUCUACCAGAGCCGAACGACUCAUUUGCACCUGGUCUGCACACAGUGUCAUUGGACCAGCUUAACUUAGGCAAUGUAAGUGACUCUGCUAGUGACGAAGCCUCUAACACCGACGACGAGCACGAGCUAACACCAGGGGCCGGACCUGAAUCCAAUGCCGAUGCAGAAGAUGUCAAGGGUAAGGCCAAGAAGAAACGUAACGUCCCAGUUGAGAAGCAGCUGCGAUGUCGCUGUAAGAUCUGUCACAAGCAGUUCAAUGCCCUCGGGAACCUACGUCGUCACAUAUCCAUGUUUCAUUACCGCGCACGCCGUUUUGGCUGUAACCUGUGUGAAUAUCGCGCAUUUAGGCGCUACGAUAUUGUAAAUCAUUUGGGAUUUACUCAUAAGAUAGAAGGAGACCGAGACCAGCUGACGGAGCAAUAUGUGUCCACCCACGAGUGCGAGUACUCUCGAGACGAUGUCGACGGAGAUAUAAUUUUGCUGGAUAAGGAGGAGGAGCUUACAGUGAUGGAGAAGGAUGCUAAACCCCCUAUCAAAACCUACGAAAGACGCUUGAAGCAUCUCAAAACCCUAACAGAAUCUGUAGGUGAAGUGCAACCCAAAUCUCCAACAGCCGCGAUAAAAGAAGAACCCGGACAGGAGCCUCUGGAGGGUACUCCCACGCCCAGCAAAAAGCGUCGCAAGUCUCGUACCCAAAUCUCACCCGAAUCUGGAGAACAUUCCCAGGAGAAGCGUCCCAUCCGUAAGCGAGUUAAAGCGGUUAACAAGGACUUCGUCUACGACUUGGUCAGUUUCAAACCGGAUGGAUCAUGCCAGCAACCUCCGGGUGCGCAAGCCGUAGAAUCCAUGCGGGCCAAACUGCGUCGUCCCGCGCCGGUGGGCAACGAUGAAAGUAAGGCCAAACAGUACGAAGCAUACAUUACGGAAGAGAAAAAGCAUCUUGUGUUCGGCAUCACACGGCGCAUAAUGCUGGAACUGGUGAGCCAGGGUCUGGCGGUGUCUGCUACUCUGCCAGAAUUGCCCUCAGAGCGACCGCAGAUACGACCGCGUCUUAUCUCGCACUCGCGCAGCGAAAGCGGAUCGCAGCAAAAGCAAAAUAUUGUAGAAACUACAGUGGAUCCUGCUCCGGAAACCGAGAGUUUCAUCGAGAAGAUUGCGAAGCGAACGGCAGCUGCUGGCAAGGAUAACGCUGUCAUCAGCAACCUGUGGAACAAGGUCAACACUGCGAUUGCCCAGCAGGAGAAGCAGCAGAAGAAGGAACAGGAGCCGCUUCAAGAGGCUCAGCCAGAGGAAAAGUCGGAAACAGAAAAAUCAAAGAGCCCUCUGCAAGCGCCAUCGCCACCGUCACCGCCCAGCAUAUGCGAAGCCACCGUUCCCGAAACGCUGGCGACCACUGGUAUGGAUUGCCUGCGAGGAAAGGGCAGUCAAGCGGGAGCUUCGACAGUGUUUCCGUCCCUGCCCAAGCCGCCAUCCGUUUUGCAGGCGGCUGCCAAUGGGACCAUACAGUUCACUCUGGACAGUCUUCUACGAGCCGCUCUGCAGAACUAAACGGAACCGGAAAUGGAAGUCACCGCCACCAUCAUCGUUUCUACUUUCACAGCUUUCGGUUGUCUUUCCUACUGGAUUUUUACUCAAACUUUCAGCUGGUCGCAUUCGCAUCAACCGUUUUGAAUGUAAUUCACUAGUGUCCUUAUUGUAAAACCAACUAAGCAAGAAACAGAAUCCCUAAAUGAUAAAUACGCUUCGAGUAUUACGCGGUAAAAACAACCAAAACGAAUUGAAAAUCGUAGCAUAAUUUUGGGCUAUUAGCAAAUGUUUGUUGUUUGUGUGAAAAAGUACAGAUUUUUUAAAAUGUUAUAGUUAAUAAUGUAUAUGUACCUAAUUUUAUAAUCCCGCAUAAAGUAAAACACGCAAGUGUAUACGGUUGUUGACAGUGUGUGUAUCAGAUUGCCUUGCCAGGACCUCAAUCUGAUUGUAUGUUUCACCAAAAUCGAGCCCAUCCUUGUUUCCUUAUACCUAAAAUUAUUGAGGUGGAACGAUUUGAACAGUUUUUGUAACUUCUUUUUUUAAUAAGAUAGAUUUUAUACUUUGUUGCUUAUCAAACUAUUAUGUUUAAUAUAUUUUUGUUGUUGAACUUUUGUUUGCUCGCAUUUGUAGGUCUCUUCUAAAGCAUACCAAAGAAUUACUCUUUGUCGACCAAAUCGGUGCAAUGUAGUUCGUAUUAGGAUGAUGGAAGAGCUUUGGAUAUUAAGUAUGUUGACGCUUCAUCUUGCCAUCUAUCAUACAAACAUCGCCCUACCAGCACCUAAUUAGCAUUAUAAUAUUCAGGAACAUCACAGCUGCGGAGUCGAGAACACGACGACUUCUCCAUGAUGUUGCAUAAAUUUGUUACUCAAAAUGUUAAUUGGCAACUAGCCGAAAGUCAGGAGCAAGUCGAACAAGGCAGUCUUCUGCACACACACACACACAGCCCAAAUACAUGUUUAUACAUAUUUUAUACAUAAGACACGUUGACGCGGCAAGUAUUUUGCUCAGCGCAACAGACGAAGGAAGGAGGAGAGAAUCCCUCGCAGACAUUUGGCAGAGUCCUGAUCUACACGAGUGGUUCAACGUAUUUAUAUAUCAUUGUAAUGUACAAGGUAGAGCCUUAAAUCAAAUCACCAAAUGAUAAUAAAUCCUACGAUAAUCACGAACAAAUAUGCUCCAGCAGGAGGGGCAACAACAAGUGUCCAAUUUCCCGACGGCCGGUUGUUGCGCCAGUACCAACACCAGUGGGCUGUGGAGCUACAGCUGGAUGGAGCAGCCGUGAAAUAGAACAGGUCACCAGGCAGCUGUGUACCCAUGGAUGCUGUUGCUCCUACUGCCGUUACUGCAAAAGUCCCACAAUGAAAAUUGUGUCACGGCCAGUAGUAUGGGCGUGGACAUGCGGAUUUGGGCAGGGACUAGGGUUGGCACUGGGCGAGGUUUGGUCCUGGGCUUUAGCUGGGAUGGUGGAAAACCGAAACUGGGCCACACUUUAAAGCUAAGCGUGUGCGUAUCUCUGUCCGUGUCGGAAAAUAGAGAGACAUGGAGCGUGAGAGAGCGAGCUGGCGAGGCGAGGCGCGACUGUUUGUAAUUGGAAACCGAAAGUGAAAACGCCCAGGCCUUG